UCGACCUUCCGAAGGAGCUGUCUGCUCCCAAAUAAAUUUAUUUAAGAAUUUAAUUUAAAAUGUUUCGCCCUGCUGCCGUAGUGCGAUGUGUGUUAAGACGGUCUUCAAUCAGAAAUAUAAGGGUAGCCUGCGAAAGAUGCAUAUGUAGUACAUUUCCAAGGCAUUCGCUUAUCAGUAGAACAAAUGUCAAGCGUCUGCCAUGUGCACACACACUGUCUUGCCAGCAGUCAUGGAGAUUUUACAGCUCAGAGCCCAGCUGCUUCAAGAUUGUUUUACCGGCUCUGUCCCCGACAAUGGAGACCGGGACCAUCGCGAACUGGCAGAAGAAGGAGGGGGACAAAGUGUCGGAAGGUGACUUGCUGGCAGAAAUUGAAACGGACAAAGCUACCAUGGGGUUUGAAUCUUCAGAAGAAGGAUACCUCGCAAGGAUUUUUAUUGAAGCCGGAACAAAGAACGUACCAUUAGGAAAGUUGCUGUGUAUCAUUGUUUCCGAUGAGGCGGAUAUCGCAUACUUCAAAGACUACGUUCCCAAGCCCGAGGAUGAUCAAAUCCCAUCUGGGGACAAAGCACCGGAAGUGGCAGCUCCCACCCCACAGGCAGCAGCACCCCCACAGGCAAUGGCUCCUCCACCCCCACAGGCUGCAGCCCCUCCGCCACCCCCUCCUAGAGCUGCACCUACAUCACCCGCACCCAGUUCUGCCGGUGGUAGAGUGUUUGCGACGCCGUUUGCCAAAUCACUGGCUGCAGAAAAAGGAAUUGAUCUUGCGCUUGUGUCUGGUACUGGCCCUGAAGGACAGGUCCGUGCUGAUGAUGUUCUCGGUUUUCAGCCUGGAGCAGCACCCCCUGGUUCUGCCCCUGCGAUGGCCGCUGUUCCUGGUGCAACAUACACAGAUUUACCCCUGUCCAACAUCAGACAGGUUAUAGCCAAGCGACUGACUCUGUCUAAGCAGAGUAUUCCGCAUUACUACUUAACGAUUGACGUUAACGUCGACAAAGUGCUCAGGCUUAGACAAGAGUUUAACAAAUCGCUGGAAAAAAAUAAGAUCAAACUGUCAGUCAACGACUUUAUAAUUAAAGCGUCGGCCUUGGCGUGUAAAAAGAUUCCUGAAGCGAACUCAUCAUGGCAAGAUUCAUUUGUCAGGCAAUACAACUCUGUAGACAUCAAUGUUGCUGUGGCAACAGAUAGCGGUCUCAUCACUCCAAUAGUUUUUCGUGCGGACGCCAAGGGCUUGUCUAAUAUCAAUCAAGAUGUUGUUUCCUUAGCUGCACGAGCGAGAGAGGGUAAACUUCAACCCCACGAAUUCCAAGGAGGUACCUUCACAAUCUCCAACCUCGGCAUGUUCGGAAUAAAACACUUCGCUGCUGUUAUUAACCCACCGCAGGCUUGUAUUCUGGCUGUGGGUGGAGCAGACAAGAGACUUGUUGUGGACGAGAACUCGGAGAAUGGAUACAGAUCUGCGACUGUGAUGACAGUGACUCUGAGCUGUGAUCACAGAGUGGUGGACGGUGCAGUCGGGGCCCAGUGGUUAGCAGAGUUCAAAAAACUGUUGGAGAAACCAGAGAACAUGUUGUUAUAAUACCUCUGAUCUUAGACCAUUGUUUGUUUUAACAUUGUUUUAGCGUUAAGGACUUCAACACAAGCACGUUGGGUUUUGUGCUGAAGAACUGAAUCACAAGUUGCAUAUUUAUAGCAUAUUACCCGAUAAACGAGCUUCCAUUUCGUAUCAUGUUGUUUAUGUCCCGAGUGAAAUAAUUUUCAGUUGUCACAAGCUUUUGCGAGUGACAAUGAAAAUGAUUUCACAAGCAAA